CUGAUAAACCCCACCGAAGAAGAAGAAGACCUGUGCCAUAUCUGGGUUAUCAUUUCUGUCUGCGCAUAAAGUCUUUAGACGUGCCAGUCCUGUGAGAGAUUGAUUGUCAUUUGAUUUCAAUGGUUUUAUCGGGCUGAACCGUCAUUAGAAGUAUACCGGUUUUUGUAUUUUGACUUGCGGUGCUGUUGUUGUUAAACAGCUAACGUUAGUGGCAUGCUUCUCACUGGCAGUGCUAGCGGUUGGCUAACAUAGCCAGCUAGCUAUCUAGUUGCCAUUCAUUGAUUCUGACUUUCUGUUUUUAUUUUCGUUAACUGGUUGGCGAGCUAACGUUUAUUAGCGUACUAGUUAGUCGAGAUAACUAGCUAGUUGCUUUGAUUAAGGCUACCUAGCAAGGUUACUGAUUUAACUUUGACGAUGCCAUGGUCAGUUUAUGACAAGAUGUUGGACAACCAAAAACUAGCUACCUAGCUAAAGUUACAAUUAAAUAAUGGGAGGUUUAGUUGACUAAUUGUAUUUGAAGAAGUAAGCUAGCGGGAGCUAGUGGUUUAAAUGGCAAAAAUAGAACCAGGCAAUGGACUUAAGUCAGCAGAGUCCCGCAAAAGUUUGCGGGGCACGACAGAAAGUCUGGCACUGACAGAUGGAGAAGGCAACCUCUUCGGCUCGGACUCGGAACUAAAUGUCUAUACCAGUGAGAGACAGACGGAUAAAUAUGGAUUUAUUGGGGGUGCACAACAAUAUUCAGAACAAUCAGCUGAAAACAUCCCUCCUGAGGUGCUGAGGCAGAGGGAGGCCAAAUGGCUGGACAUGCUCAACAACUGGGACAAGUGGAUGGCAAAGAGACACAAGAAGAUGAAGCUGCGCUGUCAGAAGGGCAUACCCCCCUCUCUGAGAGGCCGGGCGUGGCUCUACCUGUCUGGAGGAAAGGUGAAGAGGGAGCAGCACAAGGGCAAAUUUGAGGAGCUGGACAGCCAGGCAGGAGACCCUAAGUGGGUGGAUGUGAUAGAGAGGGACCUCCACAGACAGUUCCCCUUCCAUGAGAUGUUUGUGGCAAGAGGAGGCCAUGGUCAGCAGGACCUCUACCGUGUCCUGAAGGCCUAUACUCUGCACCGGCCAGAGGAGGGUUACUGCCAGGCCCAGGCUCCCAUUGCUGCUGUGCUGCUAAUGCACAUGCCUGCUGAGGAUGCAUUCUGGGGUCUGGUCCAGAUCUGUGAGAAGUACCUUCCCGGAUACUACAGUGCAGGGCUGGAGGCGAUCCAGCUGGAUGGAGAGAUCCUGUUUACUCUGCUGAAGCGGGUGUCUCCUCUGGCUCACCGCCACCUGAAGAAGCACAAGCUGGACCCCAUCCUGUACAUGACGGAGUGGUUCAUGUGUGCCUUCUCCAGAACCCUGCCCUGGGUCUCCGUGCUGCGCGUCUGGGACAUGUUCCUCUGUGAGGGAGUGAAGAUCAUCUUCCGGGUGGGCCUGGUGUUGUUGAAGUGCAUGUUGGGCUCCCAGGACAAGCUGAAGACGUGUCAGGGCCAGUAUGAGACUAUGGAGCUGCUAAAGACCAUAGAUACACGCUACAUGCAGGAGGGGUUUCUAGUGCGGGAGAUUCUAGAGCUGCCGGUGUCAGAGCGGGACAUUGAGAAGGAGCACCUGGCAUCAGUGCGGCGCUGGAAGGAGACCCGGGGUGAGUUGCACUGCAAGUCCCUUCCCAGGAUGCACGGCGCCAAGGCCAUCAUGGCUGCCGAGCCGCCCAGUCGCCAAGACUUGAGACAGAACCCCACCAUCAUAGUUGAGUCGCCCCUGGCAACCAAGAGCAAUGGGGAGGACAAGGAAAGGAAAAAUACCAAAGAGCAGAAGAAUGGGAAGAAAAACAGCUCUCCGACCCCAGUGGCAGCCUACCUUGAACCCAGCGAGCCCUCCCCCCUCCUCAAAGACGCAGCCCUGCUUGGCUCCAAUCAGAGCCUGAGCAGCGCAGAGUAUGACACCUACCUGUAGCGGGUACGGAUAGCCAUGACACCUACCUGUAGCGGGUACGGAUAGCCAUGACACCCACCUGUAGCGGGUACGGAUAGCCAUGACACCUACCUGUAGCGGGUACGGAUAGCCAUGACACCUACCUGUAGCGGGUACGGAUAGCCAUGACACCUACCUGUAGCGGGUACGGAUAGCCAUGACACCUACCUGUAGCGGGUACGGAUAGCCAUGACACCUACCUGUAGCGGGUACGGAUAGCCAUGACACCUACCUGUAGCGGGUACGGAUAGCCAUGACACCUACCUGUAGCGGGUACGGAUAGCCAUGACACCUACCUGUAGCGGGUACGGAUAGCCAUGACACCUACCUGUAGCGGGUACGGAUAGCCAUGACACCUACCUGUAGCGGGUACGGAUAGCCAUGACACCUACCUGUAGCGGGUACGGAUAGCCAUGACACCUACCUGUAGCGGGUACGGAUAGCCAUGACACCUACCUGUAGCGGGUACGGAUAGCCAUGACACCUACCUGUAGCGGGUACGGAUAGCCAUGACACCUACCUGUAGCGGGUACGGAUAGCCAUGACACCUACCUGUAGCGGGUACGGAUAGCCAUGACACCUACCUGUAGCGGGUACGGAUAGCCAUGACACCUACCUGUAGCGGGUACGGAUAGCCAUGACACCUACCUGUAGCGGGUACGGAUAGCCAUGACACCUACCUGUAGCGGGUACGGAUAGCCAUGACACCUACCUGUAGCGGGUACGGAUAGCCAUGACACCUACCUGUAGCGGGUACGGAUAGCCAUGACACCUACCUGUAGCGGGUACGGAUAGCCAUGACACCUACCUGUAGCAGGUAGAUGUCAACACUUGUUUACUGCUCACUGACUCCAUAUCCCUAGUAUACCUUUACCCUCUGACCCAUCCCCACCUCUGCCCUGACGAUCAGGUCCCACACCUCUUGACUGACCCUUUCCAUUAUAGCCAUUUGCAUCCAUAGCAAAACACUAAAACAAUUGGAAGCUUCUGGCAUAGACCAAGUAGUAGUUGUUUUUCCUCACACAUAUGCGAGAUGACAAUUCAAUCAGUUGGGAGAGUGCAGCACUAACCUUCGUUUAGUUGGCCAUACGGGUAUACAUGCACUUGGGCUGAGGGUAGAUUGAGCUCAGUGGCAGGCUGUGUAAUCAUAUCAGUUCAUUAUCUCAAUAUUUUCUCACUGAAGAAGUCUUAGACUGAGUCAAUAUCAGAUGACAUAACUAUGAAGUCUGCUUAGCCAAGAGUUCUGGAUCUGGAGGCUGGACCACUGCCUAUUUACGUAUUCCACCUAAUAUAUACAUAUACACUACAUUGCCAACACACACCGAUCCAGCAUUGUUAGAUUUAGUUCUCAGUCACAGGGAAUGUCAAUUAAAUUGUAAUCCCAGCAGAAUAUUUUGACUCACAUAGGUUGCCAACAUACUGUAUAAAGAUGAAUGCUAUUGUCAUUCACUCAUUGGCGCAUCCUUUCUCUCUGGUUGUAGUGGAUGUUGAUGAACACUAGAGGGCUCUGUGGGGCAUUUUCCUGCCCUAACCAAUGAAAGAACUUGAUUGACUGGUUGAGGGAAAAUCAAUCAUCUCUAUAUCAUCGUCAUAGUUUUAAAUGAAGGAAAUUAACAUUUGCUGGACAAUUCCUGUCACUAGACCAAAGCUUGACUUAUAGUAUGUGUUGUAAGAGCCAUGUUGUCUGAAUUAUUCCUGAGUGUGUUUUUGAUUCUUUGCUGAGCUCCAGAGAACAGAGUGUGUGUGUGUGAUCAUGCAGUGGGAGAAACAUGGUAGAAUGCCAGUCGAUAGACCACUCCUAUCAUACUCAGCCAUGUCGAUUUCAUCUAGCCAUUUUGAUGAGAAGUAUAUGCUAUUUGUGUAUAGCUGUUUAUUAACUCUGCACAAUUUCUUUGUAAACAAUCAUCUAUGUUUCACAUAAAUGUGUGUCACGGUCAAAUAUUUUCCUGUAGAUAAGAUUACACCUGCUGAAAUUGACGUUUCUGAAGGGAAGAACUGGGUAAAAAAAAUAUUGUACAUUUUUGUAUGGUAAAAGGAUGAUUUACAUAAAAAUUGCUGUAGAUUUUCACACUUGCACAUAGCGUAGUAUAAAAUGUAAUAUACUAUAGAUUUUAUAUUUGUCUAAGAUGAAGCACUUUGUCCCUGGUCAAUCCCUUUAAGAAUAGAAUGAACAAUAACAUUUUGUUUGUCUUCUCUAAAAUUGUCCGUGUGUGUGUGUGUGUAUAUACACUGAACAAAAAUGUAAACACAACAUGUGAAGUGUUGGUUUCAUGAGCUGAAAUAAAAAAUCUCUGAAAUUUUCCAUACGCACAAA